AUGAUGAUGCGGAUUUCGAUGGAUCCCGCCGACAUGAGUAGGCCUGGCAUGUGCCACGUACGUGAAGAUGAUUUGGGACGAGCCAGCAUAGUACUAGCCCGACGUGAGAUUGAAUGGACGGCCGCGUGGGCAGCUAAGGGGGAGACGAUGGGUGAGCGAUGGCACACGACAUAUUGA